AUGGGCGGCGUGCUGCAUCUGGUCGAGGACCGGCCGACCCCCAAGUCCGUGUACAACUGGCGAAUCUACGUGCUAGCCCUUAUUGCAUCAUGCGGCUCCAACAUGAUCGGUUAUACAUCGGCCUUUAUUGGCACGACAAUCACAUUAUCGUCAUUUGAACAUGAGUUCGGCUUCGACGAGAAGACGGAUAGCCAGGUAGACCUGAUCAGCGAGAAUAUCGUGUCGCUGUUCAUUGCGGGAGCGUUCUUUGGUGCCAUCCUCACCUACGGCCUCGGCCACUUGAUCGGACGAAAAUGGAACCUGGUCGUCGCGUCUGCCAUCUUCACGCUCGGCGCCGGCUUAACUUGCGGCGCAACGGGCUCGACUGGACUAGGGAUCCUGUACGCUGGACGCGUCUUGUCAGGACUGGGCACAGGCGUGGCUUCAAACAUCAUCCCUAUCUAUAUUUCCGAGCUUGCACCGCCAGCUAUUCGAGGACGGCUGGUCGGUUUUUAUGAGCUUGGCUGGCAGAUUGGUGGACUGGUUGGGUUCUGGAUCAACUACGGAGUCGAGAUGCAUAUGCCCUCCACGCACCAGCAGUGGAUCAUCCCGUUCGCCAUCCAGAUCAUCCCCGCAGGCCUCCUCUUCAUCGGCUCCCUCUGGAUCCGCGAGUCUCCGCGCUGGCUCUUUCUCAAGGGCCGCCGUGCCCAAGCCAUGGCCAACCUCUGCUGGAUCCGCCAACUCGACGAAACCGACAUCUAUAUCACCGAAGAGGUGGCCGCUAUCGAUCAAGCCCUGGAGGAGCAGGCCGUAACAGUGGGAAUUGGUUUUUGGAAGCCCUUCCAGGCCGUUGCCAGACGCAAGGCGAUCUUGUACCGCCUCUUCCUCGGAUGCAUGCUCUUCUUCUGGCAAAACGGAUCGGGCAUUAACGCAAUUAACUACUACAGCCCGACGAUCUUCCAGAGCAUCGGUGUCUCUGAGAGCGAUGUCGGCUGGAUGACGGGUAUCUUUGGCGUUAUCAAGGCCGUCAUGACCUUUGUGUGGCUUCUUUUCCUGGUCGACCAGCUGGGCCGUCGGAACCUGUUGCUUGGAGGUGCUAUCAUCGGUUCCGUGUGCAUGUGGGUGAUCGGCGCUUAUAUCUACGUUGUUCAACCGGAGGAGAACCCGACCGACCACCUGAACGGUGGUGGUAUCGCGGCGAUCUUCUUCUUCUACCUUUGGACGGCCGUUUACACGCCGACCUGGAACGGUACCCCCUGGGUCUGCAACUCCGAGUUCUUCGACCCGAACCUGCGCUCGCUUGCGCAAGCCGCGACCACGGCCAGCAACUGGCUCUUCAACUUCCUUAUAUCUCGAUUCACAAAGCAGAUGUUUGCAACCAUGCACUACGGGGUGUACUUCUUCUUCGCCGCACUCUCGUUCUGCGCCUUCUUCUUUGCGUUCUUCCUCAUACCCGAGACGAGCGGGAUUCCGCUGGAGGCUGUGGACCGUCUGUUCGAGAUCAAGCCUGUUUGGAGGGCGCAUGCAAAGUUGAAAGAGCAGCUUUGGGAGGACGAAGAACAGUUCCGGUUUGAGGUUAAAGAGGGUGUUUUUGGGAAGGAUGGAAAUGAGGAUCCUGCUCAUGGGCAUGUAGAGGACCGGAGUCAGACUGAAGCGGAGGAGCGGGGAUGAGGACCAGUGCGAGUCCUCAGACAGACGACGGGCACGACUAGAAUGGAAAUUGAUAUGGAACUGGUUAUGAUAGAAUAUAGAUUUGUCGUGGCCGUCUAUCACAAGUGGGCGCCACUCCACC